GUUUAAUAUCGCCACUAAAUUAUCAUUGGAAAAACGAUUGGGAAGUAAGCUGGAAUAGGCAAUAAGCAAAAUAAACCUUAAUGGAAUAGGCAAAGGAAUAGAAAAAAAGAAUAGGAAUGUGCAAUGAAUAGGCAAACUUUUAAAUUUAUAUAUCUGAGAGUUGCCGGCAUGCCAAUCCAUCGAACAACAACCACUUGUGACGGGACCAACCACUUUAUUCAACUAUAUAUAAUUUAAAUUUGUUAGGACAACCCUAACGUUGAACAACAAAUACAAGAGAAAAUUGAAUUAAACGAAACAAAGCAAAGCAAAGUUAUGGCAGAUAUUGAAAUACUUCGCCAUUAUCUCAAUAAAUUUCAUAAUUCUGACAAUGAGCUUCGAAAUGAAAUUGGAAUGCAGUCAGGCGAAGGUUCCUCAGGAUCGCAACAGCUAGUGGCGCAAGAUGUUUGUAUUAUUGUAAUGAAAUAAAAAUAUA